GUCUGUUUUGCUUAUACAAAAACAAUGCAGCAAGUUAUUUCGUUAUUGGUGUUAGUUUUACAAGCCAGGCCCAUCAAUACAGCUUGUGAGCCUAACAGAGUCGGUCAUGACUGCAACUAUAAAUGUCACUGCUACUACUCUUCCAGAUGCCAGUCUGCGCCAUGUAGACCAGAUGACAAAUGUGAAUCCCCUUACUUUGGCUUUUACUGUCAAUAUGUCAAUAUUUUAAAGGAGUGCACAAACAGUUUGAUUUUUGCGGAUGACGACAUCGGCACGUGCUACGAAACUAUUGGCUACACUUUAGACCUGACCUUCAACUCUACCUACACAUUUGCAUUCAUUAACAUUCAAGUCCAAAACUUUGAUAUCAUAACAGAGACCUACAAACGUAACAACUUAACAAUCCACUUUAAAUUGGACCACGACGUGAUUGAAUGUGUCAAUCAAGAGAUUUGGGAGAUCUCCAGAACUGAGAUAGAGAUACGCUGUGUCAACCAAACAAUUUUCUUUAAGGAGUUGACACUGACUGGUUCGGUGAAGUAUAUCUGUGAGCUGCGUUUAAGUGGGGGUCGAAGCGCCGGCACUGAUCUAACAGUUAUGUCCCCAAACCCAAUCAAAGACAACUUAAAAGCAUCGAUUAACGGAAUUUUAAACGAUCCUGUGUGUUUCAUGGCUGAUAACUGGGAUCUGACCCUAUCCAGGCCUUUCAUCAUUCAACGUAUCAAAAUUCAUAGCAAGCCAGUUCAAAAACGAAAGGCUCAGAAAAAAUACACAAGGCAAGGAUUCUCUCUGCAGUUCAUUGAUGAAACGAAAAAAACGACAUUCUCCUUCAGAACAAAUACUUCCGAAGACGUUUACGACAUAGCCACAAAUUCUUCUCCCAAAGUUUUAUCAGUUAUCAUUGAAGGGCCGGGCGGAGGAUCCAACAUUGUCAUCUGUGAAGCCGAAAUAUUUGGUGACUGUCCACCCGGUUGGUAUGGUCUGGACUGCGGACAAAAGUGCCGUAACUGCCCGGAGGGAAGAUGUUCAGUCCACGGACAUUGCUAUAUGUGUAUUUACGAAAUGGGUCACGUGGUUUGUCGGCAACAAUGCCAAGGGUGCAAAGGUCGGUGUACAGAUGAACCAUGCACUGGCCAGUGUAAAGAUGGAUACAAGGGAGACCACUGUCUGAAUUUGUGCGCCAACUGUGGGGGAACUGGCGAGUGUGAUAAAGUAACAGGGAACUGUGUUUCACCUUGUGUUGGUGGAUUCAUGGGAGCUACCUGUAGCCAAGACUGUGGAUACUGUGCAGAAGACAAAUGUGAUCAGAACACAGGCAACUGUACCGAAUGUAAAAGUGGCUUUUUUGGACAUCUGUGUAAUCGCAAAUGCCACCAAUGCAAAGAACAAAAAUGUCACCACGAGACCGGGAAUUGUGUGGCUGGAUGUCAUGAUGGUUACAGAGGAAGUCUUUGUUUCUUAAGAUGCAGCAACUGCGCUGGUAGUCAAGCGUGUAACCAAACGACUGGUGAAUGCCAUGAAGGAUGUGUGGCAGGAUUCACAGGUCUGGACUGUACAGAAUCAUGUGGUCACUGCUCUGAAAAACAAUGUGACCGAAUUUCUGGCAACUGCAUUCAUGGGACGUGUUUACCUGGUUAUGCAGGCUCCAGGUGUAAUCAAGAAUGUACCUACUGUAUAGAUCAUCUCUGCGAUGCCCAAAAAGCAAGUUGUUUAAAAGGCUGUCAAAAUGGUUACUAUGGAACGAAUUGUCUCAAACCUUGUCCAAACUGUGCUGGAAGUCGAGCCUGUGAAAGAUACAACGGAAAAUGUGUCUCUGGAUGCUCACCCGGCUUUCACGGUGACACUUGUAUCGAUGAAUGUGGACAUUGCGACAGAGACAAGUCUUGUGAAAAACAAUCAGGUAACUGCAAAUAUGGUUGUCUACCUGGAUUCACUGGAGUAAAAUGUGUUGAUCAUAAGAAUGAUUUGGAAGACAGUCAAAAGUUUACAGUGUUCAUCUUCUACGCCGUGUUCUUGUCAAUCAUUGGCAUCACUCUGAUAGUAUUAUUCUUCUCCCAGAAGAUUUAUUGGUUCUGCAGUUCGGAUGCACGGGAAAGUUUCGAAAUAAAAAUUAGAGAGCCUUACCGAGGCGCGUCCGUUGCAACUACGUCAAAAUCCAGUGGAGUAAGCACAGGCAGGUCCAGCAGUGCAGACACUCAAGCCAGCAGUAAAUCUAGAUCUAGGUCCUCCUCCGUGGACGACAUAGCGACACACGUGACUUUCAAGGACGUCAAGGACGCCGUGUAAACAAUUCUAUAACCGCUCUGCUGCUCAAUUUGAUGCCAACUUGUAAAAAUGACAUUCCCCACUAUACCUUUGUAGAUUUUUUUUUUCUUUUCUGUUAAGUCAAUAAAUCUAUAUCAUAGUG